UCGAUGCGCUCCCACAUUUGUUUGCCAAGGCAAGUGAGAGAGCACAUGUUAUACAGCAGUAACUGCACACAGUUAGUGAAUAUUUAACCCUGAAGUUUACGGAAAGAAGUUAACUGAUCGAUAAUAACAAACAUAUUAUCUAACUUUAGGAACAGCAGGGCAAGGAUAUCUGGCAUUCGCCAGGAUGCAUUUUUCCGGCUGUCUGUGUGCCCUCCUCGUCGCGCUUGUCUACCAAGUGAGCGGUAUGGAUACAGUUAUCGGCCUGUAUGGAGAGACCAUUGAGGUGCCAUGCAACAAUGGAGCCCCCAAACCAAAGGACCUGUUCAUGACCAAAUGGAAAUACGACGAUGGAGACCUGCUGACCCAGCUUAAAGACCAGGACGCCUCUGUCAUAGCCACUGACAAGUACAAGGACCGUGUCAGCAUGGCCGAAAACUCCAGCCUGCUGAUUGCUGCAGCAACACUGAAGGACGAGAAGACUUUUACUUGCAUGGUGGUGGCUGGGGCUGACAUCUCAGAAUACCCAGUCAAACUCCUUAUCCACAAGGCUCCAACCGGAGUGGAGAUCACAGCCCUAGCCACGGAGCUGGAGAUUGGCAAACCAACCCAGCUAGGGCAAUGCAGCACCUCUGAUGCCAACCCAGCUGCCAGCAUCACAUGGUUCAAGAACAAGAAACCUCUGGUGGCUGAUGGGAAAGGCAUUAUAAUCAGUUCCAAAGUAAAGGUGGACGAAGUCACUGGCCUCACCACCACCUCCUCCAUUCUGCAGUACACAGCUGAGAAGGGAGACACAGCAGCUCUGUUCACCUGCGGGGCUUUGAAUACCUUGUCCUCUCCAGUCUCCUUCACUGUCACCUACCCCACAGAGAGGAUCAGUCUGCAUGUCAUUUCGAAAGGGCCCCUAAUGGAAGGAGCCAACGUGACUCUGAAGUGCAAGGCCGACGGGAACCCACCUCCCACCAGCUUCAACUUCCACAUUCUGGGAAAGGUGGUGAAGGUGGAGAACUCUGACUCCUACACUGUGACUGAUGUCACACGUGACAGCACAGGGGAAUACAAGUGUUCUAUCAUUGACAAUGCCAAGAUGGAAGACUCCAAGAACAUUACCAUCAAUUACUUGGAUAUGAGUUUGAGCCCCUCAGGGAAGGUUAUGAAGAGCUUUGGUGAAGGCUUGGCUCUGAACCUGCAGACCCAUGCAUCUGGAGAACUUAAGGUGUCUUGGACUAAGGACAAUGGCAAGUUGGACAGUCGUCCCACAUUUGACAAGUUGACCUACUCUGAUUCUGGAAAGUAUGAGGUUGUGGUCACCAUGGGUCCUCUCAUCAAGAAAGCCUCUUUUGAGUUGGUCGUUGAAGGUGUUCCAGUCAUUCGGCGGGUGGCCAAGCGGCGCGGCGAGGACGGACAGCAUAAGGUACUUACCUGCGAGGCUGAGGGCUCCCCCAAACCCACUGUGGCCUGGAGCGUCAACGGUACCUCGGCUGAUGAGAGUCCCUAUGUCAAUGGAAAGAUCACACACAAGCUGACCAUUGUGCCUACAGUCAACCUGACCGUUGUCUGCACUGUGUACAAUGAGCUUGGCCAGGACACCAGGACUAUUAACGUGUCGACCUACUCAUCCGAUGAGGGUGACACGACAAAGUUGGUGGUAGGAGUUAUUGUUGGUCUGCUCCUGGCCACCGUUGUUGUGGGUCUAGCGUACUGGCUGUACAUGAAGAAAUCCAAGCAAGGCAGCUGGAAGACCGGUGAGAAGGAGGAUGGAUCCACUGAGGAGAGCAAGAAACUGGAGGAGAAAAUAGAAGAAAAGCUGGAGGAGAACAGCCAGAAAGUUGAGGUGUAAAGAAAAUAAAUGUUUAAAGAAUGAGAGAGAAAAAAGUGUGGAAGCAGCAACUAGAAGAUUUUGCACACUUCUGUUCAAAUUUGAAAGGGGGCAUUGAAUUGGAUGAAGAUCAUUUGGAUUCGGACUUAUACACAACACUUUGUUUCCUCUCAAUAUUGAAUGAAAAAAACUGGCUAAAUGAACAGAUAUGUGUUGUACAUAAGCCUGAAUUGUCUACACUCUAGAUAAAAUGCAUUAACUUUCCUACUACAAUAGUUUUUGUUUCAAGUGUUGGUUAAGAGGGAUUUGGUCAAAUUGAGAAAAAUUACAAUUGGAGUGUUUGGCUUGGAUUGAAUUAACAUUAUUGCUGGUAGAAUUACUACUGGACCAGUUGCCUUUUCUGUAAGGAUGUGUACAUUGGCCUAUACCUCCCUGACUCUCAAUGCAUCCCGAAGAGCUGAAGGUGUUCACCGCAGUUACGUCUCAGUUCCAUAUCAUCAGUGCAUUUUGUCUGUUUUUAAUGGCACAUACACAGCCAUUUUUGUAGUCUCCAUUGGGAAAAUAAAUUGUAGAAAUGUUAAUGAAAGGGCUAAGGGUAUAGGCUACAUAGCUUUGGGUGUUGUAAGGUAAUAUGAGUUAAGCAUUAUACCAAGAUGCAUUGCCUUGGAAGUAGAGGAUCUGUUGUACAAAUUAUUUCAUGACAUGUUUCAUGGUUCCUGUUUAUUUUUUAA